GGGCCUACGACUCUUGUUAUUAGUCAAAUACAAGUAAGAGACGUGUUAUCAGAUCAUCUCUCCGAUUGUACCUCUCUUCUCUCUUCUCUCUGGUCUCCUAUCUCUCCUCGUCGGAACAAGCCAAAGGUUUUGUGGGAUAAAGCAUGGAAUCCAGCAGAGGUCAAGGUGGGAUCCAGCAGUUGCUUGCUGCUGAACAAGAAGCUCAACACAUUGUCAACGCUGCAAGGAGCGCAAAGAUGGCAAGACUGAAGCAAGCCAAGGAAGAGGCUGAGAAAGAGAUUGCCGAAUACAAAGCUAAAACAGAGCAAGACUUCCAGAGGAAACUUGAGGAGACUAGUGGAGACUCGGGUGCCAAUGUGAAGAGGCUGGAGCAAGAGACUGAUGCAAAGAUCGAACAGUUGAAGAACGAAGCAUCGAGGAUUUCCAAAGAUGUUGUGGAAAUGCUUCUCAAGCAUGUGACCACAGUGAAGAACUGAUGAGAUUUAUAAUCGAGUAAAAAAAAAUCCGCCGGGUUUAUAAGAUGGUGAAAAAGGUCGCAAGUCGUUUUUUUUGAGUUUUUGCUCUGUUUCUCUCUCGUGUGGUUUCUGGAUUUCAGAGACUCAAUCUCAUAUUAUAAAUUGUUGUUAUGUAUUCUCUACUUUUUCUCUGUAAUUUCUCUCUCUGUAUUGUAUUCAUAUCUUCUAUUGGGGUUGUAAUAAAAUUGAGAGCAAAGAAACUCAUUGGUUUUCUAAUAAUUUUUGUUAUUCA